UUUUUUUAAAAUUAGUAUUACUAAAAUGUAAUCAUAAAAUAAAAUCAUAGCACCAACAUUCUCAUCCUGCUCGCCACUCUCCUCCACUGAAAUGGCGCUAUCCAUAACCAUCACAAAUUGUAGUAGUAGUAGUACUACUACUACUAGUGGAAAUGGAGUGCGAAUCCUAUGCGACAACGCCACCAAACACUUAUACACCCAACUCCCUCCUCGCCACCACGUCCUCUUCCCUAUCUCCCCCAGAACCCUCCACUUAACCUCCGCAGCCAAAAAGUUCUCGUCCCGAACCGGACGCUUCGACAGCAAGAACCGGAGGACCACUCUCACGACGAAAGAACAAGAUGAGGAACAGGAGCAACAAUGGGUGGCGGAGAUUGAAGAACAAAAUGUUAUUCUAAGGGUUGGCUUGGAUAACGUUGGUGGGAGUUCGUCUGAAGUCUCGGCUGAUGGGAAGCCGUUUCCAGAGCUUCCGGGUCUUCAGCCGGAUUUGUGGGAAGGUCCACAGUGGGAUGUUCUUGGUUUCCUUGUUCAGUAUUUGUGGGCUUUUGGCAUCGUUUUCGCGUUAAUUGCAUGUGGGAUUGCUGUGACUACUUACAACGAAGGGGCAACAGAUUUUAAGGAGACUCCUGCAUACAAAGAGUCUAUCCAAUCUCAAGCGCUUUUAGAAGAACCCGAAGCCUCUAAUUCAGAUGUAUUUGAAUCAAACCCUACUGAAGUUGCACCCAGUUUGGAGUAGUUGCUAUAAAAUGAACAUAAUAGGUCUUUAAAUCUGGGUUGAUAAACAAAUCACUUACAUUUAAGAUUUUUUCCUUGAUUUGUAAGCUAAUGUAUUUAAUUUAUCUUAGCAAAUAUUGUAUCUUAAUGAUUUUGAGAUGAUGUUACAAAUAUUUGAUAGUCGGCAUACAUUAAAGGUCAAAGAGGUCACAGUUGGUUUUGAAGUGAUAUUUCCUGGGUAAUAGACUUGUUUGGGGGCAUAGUAAUC